CAAAAUUUUGUCGUAAUAUGACUUAAAAAUUGAAAUAUUGGUUGUAGUGAUUUUAUGUGAUUAUUUUGUAACAAUGGAUUCGAAACCUUGCGUAGUGAUAGUUAGUAGCAGUAACACGAAACCAAAAUCUUUGAUAAAACUUAUAACCAAAGAAAAUCCAGUGGAACAUUCAGAAAAAUAUAGUUCUUUGUCCCAUCCAUGGAGGUUCGAAACCAAAUAUUAUACUGCUGAAGUUGAAUUGAUUGGCCUAUCGGAAUACACUGAAAAUGAAUUCCAGAAGAAUGUAGAAGCAUUGAUCAUUCACAUGGAUAGUAACAAAAGUACAGGUCUUGAUGAUUUAAAAGAAUGGGAGCCUUUGGAGACCAAUUUUGAUCCAGACAUUAAAUUGCUCAUUGCAAAUUAUUGCAAUAAUGAAACAAAAGUGACCAAAGCAAUGGCUACAGAUUGGUGCUUGAAGAGAGGUUUUGAAUUUAUUGAGAUUUUUCCAGCAGUGGAAGCGGACCAGGAGGAGCAGGAUUUAAUCGAAGAGAAAAUUGGUGUGGAUAGGAUAAUAGAAGCAUUAGAGACACACAUCUGGUCGAAUUUGGUCAUGAAGGAUAAAGUAAAAGAAGAAAAGGAAAACAAAAAUGUUGAUUUGGAUGAAUUGCUUAUGGAUGAUACAAAUGAUGACUUUACGGAUCUCUUUAAUAAAUUACACAUGAUGAAAGACAGUAUACAAUCAAUGCCUGUGAAAGAGAGGAAGCAAUGUGCUGAGCAAGUUGUCAGUGCAUUUUGGAAAGCUAUUGGUGGAGAUGAAGAAGAAAUUGCUGAUUUAUAAAAUGUCUCUUGUAUUAUAGAAAUAAAAUA